CUUAUCAUCUACAUGGCCGCCGCAAGCCAAGAAACCCACGCCAGCGCAGUUCGUCCUCGUUCCUACCAAGACGAGAGCUAUCUGCACGGGUUUCUUGGAACUGUGGGGGACUUACAGAAGGAUGGGGUACUGCAGGAUGUCUUCCUUGAAGUCGAGGGACGGCGGUUUCCCUGUCACCGGCUUGUUCUAUCCGCGGCCAGCCCCUACUUCAGGGCCAUGUUUACAAGUGACAUGGCGGAAAGUCGUCAGAAGACGGUUGUUUUACAGGGUUUGGCUGAAGACAUGUUUGGGGAGAUCUUAAGUUACAUCUACUCAGGAACUCUCCAUGUGUCCAUGGACACAGUGCAGCCCCUGUACCAAGCAGCCGACCUCCUCCAACUGGACUAUAUGAGAGAUACCUGCAGCAGCUACAUGGCCAUGAAUGUGGAGCGCUCCACCUGUGUGGACCUGUACAAGUUUGCUGAUGUCUUUUCUGUGGAUAUUGUCAUGAAGAGUUGUCUGAAGUGGAAGGCCAGGCUCUUUACAGAGGUUGCCUCGAGCGAAGAGUUCUGCAGCCUGGGUGUGAAUGAGCUGACCGAGAUCAUAAGCCAUGAUGAGCUGGAUGUUAAAGAGGAGACAACAGUGUGGGAGGCUGUGGUGAGAUGGGUGCAGCACAGCAGGAAAGACAGACUCCGCCACCUACCCAGCAUCCUCCCUCACAUCCGCUUCAACCUGCUGACCUCAGACAACAUGGCAGCCAUCUUGGGACACCCCCUGGUUAGGGAGAAUCAUGGGAUUUCUGAGGUCAUCAGGCAUGUGGUGCAAAAAGGGAAACCCAACCUGAAGCCAAGGCUUGGGAUGACUAAAGAAAUGGUUCUGCUGUAUCAUAGGAAUUUGACUUCCAACGAGCUCCUCUUUAUGACCCCUCGAGAAGGUAAAUACAUCAGCUGCAGCUACAAGGCUGAAGUUCUUCCUCACAUCACAGACGUGACAGUCACCAGUGAUAACAACAUCUACAUUCUGAGUCGUAAUCGAGAGAGUAAUUAUAGCAGUCAAUUGUCUUUGCUUAUGUACAACCACGUGGGGAAUGUGUGGGAACAUGCUGGUAUGUCCUCAGUGUCUAGGUGGCUGAGACUAGACAAUGACUUGGAAUACGAUGAACACCUUGUUGAAGUUGAUGGGAUUCUGUACUAUCUUGCUGCUGAAGUAAUGGAACACAGUGGAUCAGUGUGGAUGAGAAAGUACAACCGGCACACAGACCAGUGGCAGGAGUGUUCACACCUGCAAGUUGGAGCAUCUUCAUACAUGGACUACAGUGAAGCUCUGGCCUGCAGUUCACACCUCUAUUUCCUCACAUGUUCAGAAGUGCAUUGCUACGAUCCGAGCAAUGACCAUUGGUGCAAUAGGACCCCGUCACCAGAACCCGUUCUUGACAUUUAUACAGCCGUUACCAUGGGAACAGAGAUUUUCUGCACAGAUAUACAUUUCACCCAGACUAUGGUGUACGACACAGAUUCAGACUACUGGCAGAAACUGUCAAGCUGGUCGAACCCAGGAAACCGUGAUAUCUGUGUUCCCAGUCUUUUCGUACUGGAGAACCAGCUACACAUAUGGUUACCCUGUUAUAGUGGUGGCGAGCAUGUUAAUGAAGAAUAUCUCUUAUAUGUGUAUGACAGAUCUGCUGAUGCCUGGAGAGACCUGAAGGCUUCUUUGCCUGAUAAGGAAUAUUAUUGGUAUGGUUGCCAGUGCCCUGUGGCACGUAUAUACGAACCUUAUCUCAAGGGGGCACAAAAGCACAUCACUUCUUACGCUUGUCAGCGUUGAUGUGCAGAAUAAUGACACAUACAGUACAGAACAGUGCAGUCUUUAAAUGCUGUAUAUUCAGUUCUCAGCUUUUGACGAAUGCCUCCUUAAUGGGGUAGAUAGACAUUGUACUUGGUUUUAUACUUAAGAAAAGUUUUGUCAUAGAAAUGAUGACUUCUUUCUUAUAGAUAUAGGACAGUUUUAUAUGUUGGACUCAUGUUCUGUAUCUCAAAUGUAUUUUUCUAUCAUUUUUAAUCAUUAGAUAUUUAGUUACUGAUAGA